GAGUUAGGAACUUGGAAACCCUUUGCCAAUAUGUAUGACGCGGACGAGGAUAUGCAAUAUGAUGAGGAUGAUGAUGAAAUCACCCCAGACUUGUGGCAAGAAGCAUGCUGGAUUGUAAUCAGUUCCUAUUUUGAUGAGAAAGGCUUGGUCAGACAGCAGCUGGAUUCUUUUGAUGAGUUUAUUCAGAUGUCUGUUCAAAGAAUUGUGGAAGACGCCCCACCUAUAGACCUACAAGCUGAAGCUCAGCAUGCUAGUGGAGAAGUUGAAGAACCGCCAAGAUAUUUGCUGAAGUUUGAACAAAUUUACCUCUCCAAGCCUACCCAUUGGGAAAGAGAUGGUGCUCCUUCACCAAUGAUGCCAAACGAGGCCAGAUUAAGAAAUCUCACGUAUUCUGCUCCUCUUUAUGUUGACAUAACCAAAACUGUCAUUAAAGAAGGUGAAGAACAACUUCAAACUCAGCAUCAGAAAACUUUUAUAGGAAAAAUUCCAAUUAUGUUGCGUUCAACUUACUGCCUGUUGAAUGGUUUAACAGAUCGUGAUCUUUGUGAGUUAAAUGAAUGCCCCUUGGAUCCAGGUGGAUAUUUCAUUAUUAAUGGGUCAGAAAAGGUUCUGAUUGCUCAAGAAAAAAUGGCAACAAACACAGUCUAUGUGUUUGCCAAAAAGGAUUCUAAAUAUGCCUACACAGGAGAGUGUAGAUCAUGUCUGGAGAAUUCUUCCCGACCCACCAGUACUAUUUGGGUUAGCAUGCUGGCGAGAGGAGGACAGGGUGCAAAAAAGAGUGCUAUUGGUCAGCGCAUUGUGGCAACGCUACCGUACAUCAAGCAGGAAGUUCCCAUCAUUAUUGUGUUCAGAGCAUUAGGUUUUGUGUCUGACAGAGAUAUUUUAGAGCAUAUUAUUUAUGAUUUUGAAGAUCCAGAGAUGAUGGAAAUGGUGAAACCUUCUCUCGAUGAAGCUUUUGUCAUCCAAGAACAGAAUGUUGCACUGAAUUUCAUUGGCUCAAGAGGGGCAAAGCCUGGUGUCACCAAAGAGAAAAGAAUUAAAUAUGCAAAAGAAGUCUUACAAAAAGAAAUGCUCCCUCAUGUCGGUGUCAGUGAUUUUUGUGAGACCAAAAAAGCUUAUUUCUUGGGGUACAUGGUUCAUCGGUUGCUUUUAGCAGCUUUGGGUAGAAGAGAAUUAGAUGACAGGGAUCACUAUGGAAACAAAAGAUUGGAUCUUGCUGGACCACUACUUGCAUUCUUAUUCAGAGGUAUGUUUAAGAAUUUGCUUAAAGAGGUGCGGAUCUAUGCACAGAAGUUUAUUGAUCGAGGAAAGGAUUUUAACUUGGAGUUGGCAAUUAAAACAAGGAUUAUAUCUGAUGGCCUAAAAUAUUCGUUAGCUACUGGAAACUGGGGUGACCAAAAGAAAGCUCAUCAAGCCAGAGCUGGAGUAUCUCAGGUGUUAAACCGCCUGACAUUUGCAUCUACUCUUUCUCACCUGCGUCGUUUAAAUUCUCCUAUUGGUAGAGAUGGCAAGCUAGCAAAACCAAGACAAUUGCAUAAUACAUUGUGGGGAAUGGUGUGUCCUGCCGAGACCCCAGAGGGCCAUGCUGUAGGACUUGUGAAGAAUUUAGCCCUGAUGGCUUAUAUUUCAGUUGGAUCUCAGCCUUCUCCAAUUCUUGAAUUUUUAGAAGAAUGGAGUAUGGAAAAUUUAGAAGAAAUAUCUCCUGCAGCUAUUGCUGAUGCAACCAAGAUUUUUGUUAAUGGCUGCUGGGUUGGAAUACAUAAAGAUCCUGAACAACUUAUGAACACCCUGAGGAAGUUGCGGCGACAGAUGGACAUCAUUGUGUCUGAAGUUUCUAUGAUCAGAGAUAUUCGAGAGCGGGAGAUUCGGAUCUAUACCGAUGCAGGACGUAUUUGUAGGCCACUUCUGAUUGUAGAAAAACAAAAACUACUUCUAAAGAAGAGACAUAUUGAUCAAUUGAAAGAGAGAGAAUAUAACAACUACAGUUGGCAGGAUCUUGUGGCCAGUGGGGUAGUAGAAUAUAUUGAUACUCUGGAAGAAGAAACAGUGAUGCUUGCAAUGACUCCAGAUGAUUUACAGGAGAAAGAAGUAGCUUAUUGUUCCACAUAUACACACUGCGAGAUUCAUCCAUCGAUGAUUCUUGGUGUCUGUGCAUCUAUUAUUCCCUUUCCUGAUCAUAACCAGUCCCCUAGAAACACAUACCAGUCUGCUAUGGGUAAGCAGGCUAUGGGAGUUUAUAUCACCAACUUCCAUGUUCGUAUGGAUACACUGGCCCAUGUUCUGUAUUAUCCUCAAAAACCACUUGUGACUACACGGUCUAUGGAAUAUCUACGAUUUAGAGAGCUGCCAGCAGGUAUCAACUCCAUUGUGGCGAUUGCAUCUUACACUGGAUAUAAUCAAGAAGACUCUGUUAUCAUGAAUCGUUCAGCUGUAGACAGAGGCUUUUUCAGGUCUGUUUUCUAUCGAUCAUAUAAAGAACAGGAAUCUAAAAAAGGAUUUGAUCAAGAAGAAGUUUUUGAGAAGCCAACCCGUGAAACAUGCCAAGGUAUGAGGCAUGCCAUUUAUGACAAGCUGGAUGAUGAUGGUUUGAUAGCUCCUGGAGUCCGUGUGUCAGGAGAUGAUGUUAUUAUAGGCAAAACAGUCACCUUGCCUGAAAAUGAAGAUGAAUUGGAGGGCACUAAUCGACGCUAUACCAAGAGAGAUUGUAGCACAUUUCUUAGAACUAGUGAGACAGGAAUUGUGGAUCAGGUUAUGGUAACUCUCAAUCAGGAAGGAUAUAAGUUUUGUAAAAUAAGGGUCCGCUCUGUUAGAAUUCCACAGAUUGGAGACAAAUUUGCUAGUCGACAUGGUCAAAAGGGUACUUGUGGUAUUCAGUAUAGACAAGAGGAUAUGCCUUUCACCUGUGAAGGUAUCACCCCUGAUAUCAUCAUAAAUCCCCAUGCCAUCCCCUCUCGUAUGACUAUUGGUCACUUGAUUGAAUGUCUUCAAGGGAAGGUAUCAGCUAACAAAGGUGAAAUUGGUGAUGCCACUCCAUUUAAUGAUGCUGUUAAUGUGCAGAAGAUUUCUAAUCUAUUAUCUGAUUAUGGCUACCAUCUCAGAGGAAAUGAGGUCCUGUACAAUGGGUUCACUGGUCGAAAAAUCACAUCACAAAUUUUUAUUGGUCCUACAUAUUACCAGCGUUUGAAGCAUAUGGUGGAUGAUAAGAUUCAUUCUCGUGCCAGGGGACCUAUUCAGAUCCUUAAUAGACAGCCCAUGGAGGGUAGAUCUCGUGAUGGUGGCCUGCGUUUUGGAGAAAUGGAACGAGAUUGUCAGAUUGCCCAUGGAGCAGCCCAGUUUUUAAGGGAAAGAUUGUUCGAGGCAUCAGAUCCCUAUCAGGUUCAUGUUUGCAAUCUUUGUGGAAUAAUGGCAAUUGCUAACACGAGGACCCAUACAUAUGAAUGUCGGGGCUGUCGCAAUAAAACUCAGAUUUCUUUGGUGCGAAUGCCUUAUGCGUGCAAACUGCUGUUUCAGGAACUUAUGUCUAUGAGUAUUGCGCCUCGAAUGAUGAGCGUCUAG